UUCUCAGUUUUGUCUUUUCAGAGCGCUCUGCCAUACAGUAAGUCCACAUAGGCAAAUUUAGCAUAACAUUCAGGUGAUAAAAAUACGAGAAAAACAUUGUGAUGAAUGAAGUUGAGAGGCGUUCAGCGGAAAUGCUUGAAGAAUGCUGCUCAGCUACAAAGCGUGGAGAAUGUGUUAUGGAAAAGCAUAAUGAUCCCAAUUUGAGGUUCAAUAUGCUUUCCCAGCAGGAGAUGGGUCUGGUCCAUCCUGUCCCUGUGCCAAGCACCCAGACCAGGGGACAGUGGUCAAGCAAGCUGGAGUUCCUCCUGGCUGUGGCCGGACAGAUCAUAGGCUUGGGAAAUGUAUGGAGGUUCCCAUAUCUGUGCUACAAAAAUGGAGGAGGGGUGUUCUUCAUCCCUUAUGUGCUCUUUCUGUUCACCUGUGGCAUUCCACUCUUUCUCCUGGAGACCUCCUUGGGCCAGUACACCACGCAGGGCAGCAUCACCUGCUGGAGGAAGAUCUGUCCCUUGUUUGAAGGACUGGGUUAUGGUAGUCAGGUGGUAGUUCUAUAUUCCAGUAUCUAUUACAUCAUCAUUCUAGCCUGGGCCUUCUUCUACCUCUUCUCCUCAUUCAGCUCUGAGCUCCCCUGGGCCAGUUGUAGAAACAGCUGGAACACAGCAACCUGCAUGGAGUUUGACAGAAGAGUAGUGGGACAUCUAAAUUGGACAGUAGCAGGGAACGCAACAUCGCCAGUGAGAGAGUUCUGGGAAAGGAGAGUUUUGAGUCUCACAGACAGUCCAAACAAGCUAGGCAGUGUUCGCUGGGAGCUGGCUCUGUGUCUUCUACUGUCAUGGAUUGUCUGUUACUUCUGUGUCUGGAAAGGAGUGAAGUCUACUGGGAAGGUGGUCUACUUCACUGCCACCUUCCCCUACCUGAUGCUGGUGGUGUUGCUGGUCCGUGGACUCACACUGCCGGGGGCAAUAGAUGGUAUCAAGUUCUACCUUUACCCAGAUCCAGCCCGCCUCACUGACCCACAGGUGUGGAUGGAUGCUGGAACACAAAUCUUCUUUUCCUAUGCUAUCUGCCUCGGCUGUCUGACUGCUCUUGGCAGCUACAACAAAUAUGACAACAACUGUUACAAGGACUGUGUGUACCUGUGCCUUUUGAACAGUGGAACCAGCUUUGUGGCCGGUUUUGCGAUCUUCUCUGUUCUGGGCUUCAUGGCUUAUGAACAAGGGACAGACAUCUCAACAGUGGCCGAAUCAGGUCCUGGCCUGGCAUUCAUCGCCUACCCUCGUGCCGUGGCCAUGAUGCCAUUACCCCAGCUUUGGGCCAUCUUCUUCUUCAUCAUGAUAAUCCUACUGGGUUUAGACAGUGAGUUUGUAGGUCUGGAGGCUUUGAUGACAGCCAUCUCAGACAUGUAUCCCUCUUUCUUCCUGGUUGGCCAUCGUCGUAAAGUCCUCCUCCUCAUCAUCAGUGUGGGUAGCUUCUUCAUCGGCCUGGUCAUGGUCACAGAGGGAGGCCUGUAUAUCUUCCAGCUGUUUGAUUACUAUGCCUGCAGUGGGAUGACUCUGCUUCUCUUCGCUCUACUACAGUCAGUGUGUAUCAGCUGGGUUUAUGGUGGAGACCGUCUGUAUGAUAAUAUAGAAGACAUGAUCGGUUAUCGACCAUUACCCAUCAUUAAGUACUGUUUGAAGUAUGUCACUCCAGUCAUCUGCACUGCUACAUUUCUCUUCUCCUUGAUAAAGUUUACUCCACUGAAGUUCAACAACACCUUUCAGUAUCCUUGGUGGGGUUCCGCCGUUGGCUGGUGGUUCACUCUCUCCUCCACCCUCAUGGUUCCUCUAUGGAUGGUUUACAUCGUGAGCGUCACUCCUGGUACACUGAGACAGAGACUGUCCUUCCUCACCACGCCAUCAGAGGAUCUCCCCAUGACCAAGGCCCAGAAGAAUUCCCUCCUGGCCAAGCAGUCAGAGCAGGACAGACCCCUGGGGGACACGGAGAUACCAGCCUGGGGCCACAACCUUUCCUGUAUGUAGCGCUGAUGAGAUGUAGAAGCACUGGUUCUGGGAUGUCUUGGUGUGAAAAAAGAGGUGUGGUCAUUCUGUUUGGCCCAGAAAACCCUAUCUAGAAUUAAUAGAAUUACAGGUCAAUCUUGCUGUCUCAUGUCAGGACGCAGAGAAAGCAUCUGAAGUGAGAUAUUGCGUAAGGUCAUGGCGCACUUGGGUCUUGGCAGAGUAAUGGAUGAAUCAAACACCUUUCACACAACAUGGUGGAAACAAAAACAUGACAUUCGUACUAUUGGUCCCAGUUGGUUAACUGAGUCUGUAUAAACAAGUGAACAAACCAUUUUUUUUUUUAAGAUACAUUUAAUCUUAUAUUUGGGUGGGUUUAAUAUUCCGAUAUACAGUAGUUUUUUCUACUACUAUGUAAUUACUUAAGACUUUGUGAAGUAUGACAUUUGUGAAAAUAUAUCGAUGGUUAACGAGAAGGGAUUGUGUAGAUGCUGCCGCGAUGCCGGUCAGUUUGAUCGCGUAAAACGAAUUGCAGAGAAUCUUUGAUAAAAACUAAAAGUCUUAAUUCAAUGAUAGUAAAGACACGACAAUGCAUAUAUAGUAGAAACACUGUAAAAUACUGUGAUAAGAUUUGAUGCCAAUAUCAAUAAAGUCAACAAACCUUGUGCCAUGAUUUAUAA